CCCAGGUCAGAUCCAGCUGGGGGCAGGUUUAUCUGGGCCAGGGCCGGUCCCAGGGGCCCCUAGCUGUUACAUUAUGUUUACUGUACACACUGAGCUAUGGGAUCAGUUGCCCUUGGUGAGUCCCUUGUACUGCGCUGCCCCAUAUGUGUCUGUUCCUCUGUCUGUGUGGCCUCCUGUCUGUCUGCUCUCCCAAUGGCCAGUACUGAGCCCAUCAUGCCCCCCGUCUCCUCCCUCACUGCCCAGCAGGCUCGGGAGCACUGCCCCGGGGUAAAUAACCGACCGUAUGUGUGUGAGACCGGCCACUGCUGCGGGGAGACCGGCUGCUGCACUUACUACUAUGAGCUGUGGUGGUUCUGGCUUCUAUGGAGUGUCCUGAUCCUUCUGAGCUGUUGCUGCGCCUACCGACACCGCCGCGCCAAACUGCGCCUGCAGCACCAGCAGCGACAGCGGGAGAUCAACCUGAUCGCUUACCAACGUGCCUGUCACUAUCCCCCCUCCAGCCUGGAUCUCAGGGUGUUGGCACCUUUUAAACUUCCGGCUUAUGAGGAGGUUGCGUGCCGUCCCACAACCCCUCCCCCUCCAUACAGCUCCAUCCUCAACCCAUUUGGACCACCAUGCUCCCCACCGCCAUCACUGGAGGACACUGCCUCCCCCAGUACAGAGCCCUCCAGCUGCUGCUCCUGUACCUCAGACUGCGUGACCUCGGCCAGCAGCUCCUCCUUCACUGUGCAGGUCACAGAUGAGACGGCCGCUAGCCAGGGGAGUACGGCCAGUGAGGGGGGCAGUUGGGAGGAGAGUCUGGAGGAGGAGGAGGAGCAGCUGGGGGCCUAUGGAAGGGAGGCUGCCUUCUCUUCAUACGCAGACUUGUUUGAGGGAGGCAGCCGUAUCUGCUGGGCCAUUGAGGAAGAGGAGGAGGAGGAUGACGAGGAAGAGCAUUACAGACACCGCAGGCUGACAGGGGACUCGGGCAUAGAGGUUUGCCGCUGCCACAUUGUGGGAGAGGAAGAUGAGGAAAGGAGCGAUGGGCACGACAGCCCAGGCUGCACAGAGAGGAGUAAAGCAGGGGCUGGGGGGCCUCCAUCUGAGAAGGGAGAGGCGGAGCCAGACUCACCCAUCCAGCCUGUGUGAACAGAACUGUAGGAAGGAGGAGGAGCCCAGCUUGGGUGGGAGCAGAGACAUCGGGGUGCAAAUGUCUAUGCACUGAGGGGAGGGCAAUAUUUAGUAUUUAGCCACGUCUCCUCUCUGUGACUGUCUCUCUCUCUGUAAGGGAAAUGGGUGAGUAGGGUGCCCCUAAGGGGUGACAAUAAUAUGGAGCCAUAGUCCUGCGCAGUCUGUCUCUCGUGCCAGAGAUGAUAGAGACUUGGGUCCGUGGAGUCCUGAGUUGCCAAAGAAAACAGAACCAUAGACGUGUGGGCACACUGGCAGAACCAUCAAUCCCCCGUGUUGCUCCAUCUUGGGGUGGGGGGAUCUUUAGAUCUAGAGGGGUCCAUUUCUCACUGCCAGUGGUGAGGCUGGGAGCAAUAGGAGCUCUGUGGGCCCAUCUGGCGGGGACCUGUGUCACACCAAAUAAAUGCCAUCCAAGGUA